CAUUCUAUUCUAUAAUUUGAAUAAAGUCAUUAUUUGUGUAUUUAUAUCUUAAAGAAAUUAAUUCAUACUUCUGUUAAUAAACAUUACCAGAGACAUAGAUAACAUUACUCACCAUGCAAUAAAUUCUUGUAAAAUUUAUAACAAACCUCCUCAUACAUUAUCAUUUUUUGUUUUUGGCGUAAACAUAAACGUUAAAAUGGUGAAAGUUUUAAACAUUAUAUUAACAUGAUAAAUUAAAUGGUAGAAGGUGAUUAGUAAAAGUUUUCAUCACAUCUAUUACCUGGUGUACACUGCCGACUGACAGAUGAUUGAUAACGGACAAUGUUUUAAUCAGUGGCUAUUCAACUGGAAGAUUAGGCUUGGAUUUAAAACGUUCCCUUAAAUGUUUAAUAUGUCUGGAAUUAUCUAUACAAUGUGGUACUUAGAUUUAUGAAGUCCCGAGGAUUUUUACUAGAUUUUUGUUUAAAGGAGAAAAAAGAGAAGACAUUUUUCUGUGUAACGUAUUUUAAUUCGAUUUGAUUGAUAUGAAGGGAGCAAAGUAAUGUGAACUUAAUGACAUUUUGUUUUGAAUAAAAAUAAAAUUGAAGAGAAUGAAAAUUAUUCAGAGUAAAUACUUUUGAAUUUAUAUCAAUUGAUUUUUUAUGGACUUACAAAAAUUGAAUGUGCGUCAUGGAGAAAGGAUGUUACAGUUGAUAUGACUGAUGAUUGUUAUGCUGAGAGGUGAGUCUGACUGCUGUAUCAGUGGAGCUAGGAAUGAUGGAGAUUAUACAAGUAGAAGACAUUGGACAGUGCCGUAGUGGACCAGAUAAUGAUAUUGACCUUCAGGCAGUGUAUGGUGGAAGAUUUUCAGGGAGAAAAGAGAAAGAUUUAAAGAUUAACCCUGUUUACAGUGAUGUAAACAAUGUGAAUCAGUUCUCAGACAUUAAUGGAAAUAUGAGUCCAGUCCAUGUUGUCACAUAUGAGACAUUCCCGAGAUCCAGAAAGGACAAAAUUCCCUCUGAGAAUGGAAAAAUACAAAACGGUGAUGCCAUUCAAACUCUUAGAAUAAACUUGACAGAAAAUGAUAAUAAUAAUUUACUUCAUAAAGAAAAGCAUGAUAACAGUAAGGGAUUCAUUGACAAGGAUAGGAAUAACGAAAACCAUGUUGGUGAAACAAAGAAUCAAAAGUUAUGUAAAGGGAAUGGUAAUUUAAAUCAUUUAAAUGAGUUAUCAUGUAAAAGUUCAAAUAAGGCAUCCAGUGAAUUAGUUAACGGUCAUGAUAAUCAGCAAACAGACACAAAAAUACAUGUGACAGCAGACACUGACAGUAUACACUCAACAACUGACCAGGAAGUUCAAACCAAAGCUUAUUUUAAAGAUUAUGGUUUAUUAGGGUAUAGUAAUGGUUCAUUUGUAUUAGAUGAAACACAUAUAAUUAUUGAAACUAAACCAACUGAGGUUGAAAAUCCAAAAAAGCAAUCAAUCAAUGAAAUCCAUACAAAUUGUUCAGAUGUGAUUAAUCAUGAGGAGACCAAGUGUGUACAUCUAGAAAAUUCCAAGGUUAACUGUGAAAACUCAAAUUGUGUGAAAAAAGAGCAACCAACAGUGGCUCAUUCACAGCAAAAUUCACAAACAGAAACUAUAAUAAUUAGUGAUCUACCAGAAUCCACAUAUCAAGAAAUAUCAGACCUCUGUGACUUGAACACGCCCAUUUCAGAAGGCUUGUGUAGUCCUCGGGAUUUAUCUGUGAACACUAGCGAAGAUCUACCAAACCCCUGUGAAUCCCCACAGAUAUGUCCUACAGAAAUUGUGACAGAAGUUCUUGUGCAUAAUUCUGCCGUUAAUGAAACACCAAUAAUGCAUUAUAGAGAAAAAUAUUCAGAGAAUGACAAUAUGUGUCACAGUUUUGAUACUGAUAAAAUUCAAUCUGAAGUGUUGUCCCAAACUGGUGACUCUGACUGGCCUGAUAUCGAUGUGCUAGCUAGAAAACCUGAUGACGGUAUUUUAUAUCAGUCAACAGAUGAAAUUGCUCAAAAUGAUGGAAAUAAAGUUGACAGUCCAGGACAUGUUCGAUCAAUAUCAGAUGUUAUAUUACAAGAUAAAGAUAGGAACAAAAGUUCUGUCAAUAAUCAAGGUGACCCUUGUAGUGGCCAGAAUUCAGAUGGAUCGUCGCUGUAUAAAAAGAAUGAAAAGAAAUCAAACUCUUGCUCAAAAUCCUGUGUUAGGUAA